ACCUUCCCACACAUGUUCAAUUACAAUGAAAAAGAUAUUCAUGCAGAGGAUUUACCCUGAUGGAUAUACUUGGAAGAAUGUGCCGGAUGAGUACAUGGAGUCGUACUUUGAGGAAUUUAAGAAAUUUUACAAGUGGGAUGAGUCCAUUGACAUACAAGUCCAUCAAGCUUUUCUAGCACAAGUAGACAUACUCUAUACAUAUAUGGUUUCCAAAUUCAAGGCGGAACGGACUUCAAAUAGGAGGCCAUUUUGUCUGCCUAAAGAAACAUGGCGCAUUUGGGAGGCAUAUUGGGAUAGACCUGAUGUGAAAGCUAAAUGUGAACAACAACGCAAGAAUAUGAUGAGUGAGAAAUUUUACAAGUGGGAUGAGUCCAUUGACCAACAGGUUCACCAAGCUUUUCUAGCACAAGCAGGCAUACACUAUACAUAUAUGGUUUCCAAAUUCAAGGUAAAACGAACUUCAAAUGAGAUGCCAUCUUGUCUGCCUGAAGAAACAUGGGCAUUUGGGAGGCAUAUUGGGAUAUGCCUGAGGUAA